CACGCGCCCAAAUCUCGAGAAAAGUUCCUCCGAGUUGACGGUUGUUUUCAUAUGAAAAUUUUAGUAUUCCUUUUUUGUUGUUUUCAUUUUUAUUACAAGGCUGCAUGAAACACUCGUUUACUUUUUAUCAAAACUGAACAUUCUCAGCAUAAGAUGGAUAAGGAAAUCUCGAUACCAAUGUAUGACCCAGACCUUCUUCAAUUCGAAGAAUUUUGGAUUCGAGUAACUGCUGCAAAUAACUCCAAAGACAUUAAAGGCAUAAUCCUAGACGAUAUUCAUAUAAAAAACAUGAACAAGUUGAGUAAAGAAAUGAAAAUAUACUACAACAGUGAGGAUGCAGAAGUCAAUAAAGUUGUUUUAGGGAACUAUUAUGCGGUUUUUGACGACCAAUGGCACAGAGUCAAAUGCCUAAAUUGCGAUUUUCAUAGAAGAAUUGCUUCUGUUUUUUUUGUGGAUAGAGGAGAUAAAGAUGAUUUUCCUUUUACAGAACUGCAAAUUCUGCCUCCUAAAUUUUGUCAAAUGCCUGCUCAGUUUAAUAAUUAUAUUGAUGUUCCUAUUUUAUCAUCUCAAUUUUUUGUACAAGAUGAAGAAAUGAAUCUAAAUGAAAUCAUUUUGAAACAAAUUUUGGACUCGAUGGAUCUUAAUAAAAUAACAAAAGAGGGUGCUCUCCAUGUGGCCAAAAUAUCACAUGUUGAAGAAAAUAAUCUUUUCAUGCAGAUUAACAAUAAAGCAUUCGAAUAUUUAAACAGAUUACUUGAAAAAGCUGUAUUACAAAUACAGAAUAAUCAUAAUAUUAAUAAAUCACAAAUUGAAAUUUUUCAACUCGAAGAAUUAUAUUUAGUCAAUAGUUUGAAAGAAAGUAAUUGGUACAGAGCUGAAGUUAUCCAAAUUGAAAAUGAUAAUUAUGUACGAGUUCGAUUAAUUGAUGUUGGAAGAAUUGAAGAUGUUGAUAAAAAAGAUUUAAUAUCAAUUCAAGAUAUAUCAGAGAUAUUAAAUAUUUUUCCUAAACAGGCCAUUGAAGUAAAAUUGCAUACAGUUUCACCAAAACUAUUACAUGAUGAGGUAAUAGAAUAUUUACAACAAUUAGCAAAAUGCUCGGAUCCAUUUUUAGUUAAAAUUAUUGAUCAUCAACAAGAUGUCCCUAUAGUUCAGCUAUGUAAGAGAGGAGAGAACAAUCAAAUCAUUUCUAUUAAUGACAUUUUACCAUUUGAAACACCUUUGCAAUUUUUUCAUCUCAAAUAUCCUUCCAAAAACAUCAACUUUAAGCUACUUGAAUUGCCAGAAGAUGGAUCAUAUUUUGAUGUUCAUAUUACAAUGGCUUCUAGACCUGAUGAUAUCACUAUACAGCUUUUAUGCAAUCUUUUUAAGUUAAAGAGAAUGACAAUUGAUCUAACAGAAUCCUGUGAAAGUUUUAGUGGGACACAUUUACAAUCAGAUGAUAUCCAUGUGGGCAAUGCUUAUGCAGCCUUAAACAUUGAAGAUGAUACUUGGUUCAGAGCUUAUGUGUAUAAAAGAAUAAGUCAAAGUGCAUUUGCCGUUUUUUCCGUGGAUUACGGCGAUUACAGAAUUGUGCGCUUAGACGAUUUGCUGCCUUUGCCAGAUAAUUUUUGCGAAAUUCCAUGUCAAGCUGUAAAAGGAAGACUUGCUAGAGUAUCUAAUGAAAUUGUCAAAAAUUGGUCUGCAAUUGAAAGCUUAAAAUUGAACGAUCUCAUUGUCAGUAAAAAUUUCGUUGCUCACAUAACUGAUCGAGAGUUUAAUAGGUUUACUGUUAAUAAGGUAGUGCUAAAUUUAGAAUUAAUAAAUACAAGUACAGAGGAAGAUAUUAAUAUCAAUGAAGUAGUAGAAAGCUGGAUGAAUUAA